GGUGUUUUUCUGAAGAACAAAGAAACAACCUGCUGCCAGCUCACCUUGUGAAGUCGUCUCUCUCACUCGUAAGGGAACGCUCGGUUAGGAGAAAUAACUAACCACUUCGAUUGUACCUUAGCCUGUUAUUUACUGAGCAGUUCUGGAUGCGCUGUCUGGCAGGCACUUUGUAUUGGAAGUGGAUUACUUAACCUUUUCUGUUUUUGAACUUUUAAACUAAAUUUAAUUACUCUUUGAGCUGAAGUUUAAGUCUGAUACCCGAGAUUUGGAAAAAAGUCACAUAAAAAAUAACAAAAUUCUGAACUUGGCAGAAAAAAGCAUCAGUCUUUUCCGUGGGAUACUAAGUCCAGUCCUUUGGGUGGAUUAUUAACUAUUGAGACAUGCAAGAGAAACAGGGCAGCCCCAAAUUGAGCUGCCUGUCUCCCACGAAAAUAACUGUCCUCACAUUCUGCAUCCUGGUGUUUAUAGGGGGGAUCGGCACAGCUGCCUGGGCCAUCGUUGCUUAUUUAUUCAAGGCUGAAGAUCCAGGAUUAUAUGAUGUCCAGAUUAACUCAGCAGACUUGCGCCUGUCUGUGUUUGACCGCAGCGAGGGGAAGUGGAGGUUUGUCUGCUCUUCCAGCUCCAACGAGCUUGUUGCCGAGAUCAGCUGUGAGGAGAUGGGAUUCAUCAGAUUGCUCUCCUAUUCUGAAUGCCCUAGCAGUAUGGUGUCGGAGAAUGGCUCUGCUGGAUUUUUCUGUGUCAACGAGAAGCAGCUUCAGUAUGGCAGGACGAUUCAGGAAGUCCUGUCAGCUUGUGACUGCGUGAGUGGCAGGGUUCUGAGUGUCAGCUGUCAAGACUGUGGCCGGCGCAGGCUGCCUGUGGACCGGAUCGUGGGAGGGCAAGACGCCAGCCUGGGGAAGUGGCCGUGGCAGGCCAGCCUGCGCUAUGAUGGCAGCCACCUGUGCGGGGGCUCGGUCAUCUCUGACCGCUGGAUCAUCACCGCCGCCCACUGCUUCCCAGAGAGGAACAGGGUGACGAGCAGGUGGCAGGUGUUCACCGGCUCCAUCUCGCAGGCCUCCUCUGGGGUUUCCAUGCCAGUCCAGACCAUCGUCUACCACUCGGGUUACCAGCCUUUCAAAGACCCAAAUAUUGAUGACAACAGCAAUGACAUCGCAGUCAUCUACCUGGCCACACCCCUGAACUUCUCAGAUUACAUUCAGCCAGUCUGCCUCCCUGCCCACAGGCAGCCCCUGGUUGAUGGGAAAGUAUGUACUGUGACAGGGUGGGGGAACACAAAGUACUAUGGUCAGCCAUCUGUCAUCCUUCAGGAAGCCAGCGUGCCAGUCAUCAGUAACAGUGUCUGUAAUGGGGAUGAGUACUAUGGGGACCAGAUUAGCAGCUCCAUGUUCUGUGCAGGCUUCGCAGACGGAGGCAUUGAUGCAUGCCAGGGUGACAGUGGCGGUCCCUUUGUCUGUGAGGACAGUAUCUCAAAGACGAGCCGAUGGCGCCUGUGCGGGGUGGUGAGCUGGGGUACUGGCUGUGCUCUUCCCCGGAAACCAGGAGUUUACACGAAGGUCAACCAGUUCCACCAGUGGCUCUCCAAUGCCAUGCGGACGUACUCUCAGAGCAGUGGAGUGUUUAGCAUGGGAUAGCACGAUGAAACCUGUGGCCACUUCCAGUAAGAAGCUGGAACUUUGUAUAUGACUUCAGAAUUGAAAUGAAGGAUUUACAGAGAAUCUCAGUCCUCCAUGGCCAUCUCCAUGUUCAGAUCUCAUGCCUUUUAUUAAUAUUAUCACCUUUCUUUUAUUUCUAUUCAUUGUGACAUACCCUACUGCAUGGUCCUUUCCUUAUUUUAGAGCACAAGGGAGGAAAUAUCAGAGCUUCCUCACUCUAUUUCUCACGUUAAGCUCCCUCACAAAGCCUGGGCCUUCAAAAAUGCAUUGCUUCAGUCCAAACUUGUAGUGUUCAGGCAUUCCUUGAUUGUUUUGUGUAGAACUGGAAAGAUCAGUUUGGUAGUUUUCAGGCAGUGCUAACCAAUCAUUAGCAUUGAGAUAAAAAAAGAUGUGCAAAAACAAAAUAAUCUUCAAUAGAAUAAAAAUGGGGACGAGUGAAAGUACUGCUUGUGCUAAUAAGAGGAUAUUGACUUUAAAAUAUAGGUUAGCACUCCAUGAAAGAGAGGCUAGUGAUAAUAAUGAUGGUACAAAUAUGGAUAAAUGGAUUUUAAAAUUCUUGAGAGUCACUAUAAGGAGAACUGCUCUUCCCUCAUAAAAGUUGAAAUGUUACACUCUUGUUGUAGAAACAGUAUAACAUAGAUAGCAUCUACGGUGAAAUGCUGUAGAAGAAUGAAAACAGUACUGGCAGGAUAUCAAACAGUUGCUGCUGUAUUGUUUUUAUUUUGUUUUCAUCUCCAGUUUCAGCAACAAUCAAUCAUUUAGGAGGUACUAAGAACAAGAUCUUAUGGUUUGUGUUUUAAUUAGGGAGGCCAUUGAUUGCAUCUGAUUGACUGAAAUGAUGCAUGUGCUUGAUAGAUAGUUUAUUCUGCAAAGGAGAUUGAACUGAAACCAGGAGAUGUCAUGGUAAUGAAAGGAUCCUGCCUAACAAACUACCAGUUCCUCCACAGACUGGUAGGAUUAAUAUAAUUUAGGACAGGUGUGGGAAAGCAAGCUGAGUGGAACCAGUGAGACUUCUUUAUAGUGUUAGUUUCUAUUACUUGUUCAGCAUUGAGUUUUGAGGAUUUUUCUAAUGGUUAGGGAGUUGAAUUUAAGGGCUGGGAUCAAAGUACAACUGAACUGUGAGAUAUGUACAGGGAUAAUUGUUGAUAACAAUGGAUGUUUCUAAUAUUUCCUUUCUUGAUAUCCUAUCACGUGUGCUCUGUACAUUCUCUACAGUUGAUUUUGCUUAAACCAUUAUUUCUAAUCCCUUUCUACAGCCACAUGGGAUGCUUGUGCAAUGAGGGGACAUAUUGUAAUGAUGCACCCCCAUGGGGCUUCAGCUGUGAUACCCACACUUCCCAUACUCCCCUUCAAAACAGCAGCUCUGGAAGUCUUCUUCAGAAGCAGCCCAGCUGUUUUGUGGAGUUUCUUCUCUUCUUGCUUCUGCUUACAAACUAUAGUAGUCACUGAUACAAAUAACAUAUGGGAUAGAAAACAUAUAUUAAACAUACACAGUUAUGUAAAUGUAGAUGAUAGUAAGUAUCUCUUUUAACUUAUUAAAUAAGGUAAUUUUGAGGUUCACUGUUUUUAUUGUUAUUCGUAUUAAUAUUUACACAAUGCUAGCAGUGUUGCUUGUUUAAUUUAAUGAAUUCUGGUGCUCAUGAAAGGUUCUGGAUUAGCAACCUUGCAAGAUGCUAGCUAGCCCCCUGUCUUUCCUGUGAGAAUGUUUAAUACGGACUACAUUGGAGGGACCAAUUAUAAGUUUUAAUACAAUUCCUAGAUAAUGGUAGCUGUGCCUCCAAACCUGUACAAUAAAAAUACGUUUUUAAUUGUAGAAAUAUCAAACAAGAAGGCCAACAUUUUUAAAAUAUAAAUAAAAAGAUCAACUUCUUACUAGAUUCUUAGUUUUCUUGGAUAACAAAAUGUGUUCCAUUUUCAAUGGUGAUCCUUUUCCUGUUUAUUUUUAAAUGGUGGCCUCAUCUGAGAAUGAACUCUAGGCCACUGUCUGUUUGAUGCAAUAAAUAUUAGGGCUCUUUUAUUACAGGAACACAAAUAUGAAGUGCUUUGUCUACACAACGCAACAUUUUGAGUACAAUGUUGUUUUAUGACUUGGACCAAACAAAGUUUGCUAUGCGAUUUAUUUAUUUUAAAACAAGCCCUAAUUAAAUGAUGGAAUGUUAUAAUGGAGCACGUUUUGCACAAUGGAUGUUGGGUCACUUGACCUUGUUUUUUAUUUUUCAUGUAAAUAUUCUCGAUGCUUGAUGUUGUGGGGUGUGUCUCUGCAAGCCUCUUGUUAGAAAGUUUUAUUACACAAUGUGAUUUAAAUUGUGGACAUCAUGUACUCUCACGUUGUUGUUGUGUUGUUAUUAUUGUUAUUAUUAUUAUUAUUAUUAUUAUUAUUUUUGUAUAUUAAAUCCAUACCAAUUGAAUUAAAUUGUUAAACAUGAGAUG